AUGGGAGGCAAUCAGACACGGAUCACAGAAGUCUCCCUCCUGGGAUUCCAGGUCGAUCCAGCACUGGAGUUUUUCCUUUUUGAACUUUUCUCUCUCUUCUAUAUGAUCACACUGCUAGGGAAUGGGGUCAUUCUGGGGCUUAUCUGCCUGGACACCAGACUGCACACCCCCAUGUACUUCUUCCUCUCACAUCUGGCCAUAGUUGACAUGUCCUAUGCUUCCAACAAUGUCCCCAAGAUGCUAACAAAUCUUGUGAAGCAAAAAAGAACCAUCUCCUUUGUUCCAUGCAUAACUCAGACAUUCUUGUUUUUGGCUUUUGCUGCUACAGAGUCUCUGAUCUUGGUCGUGAUGUCCUAUGACAGAUAUGUGGCCGUCUGCCACCCCCUACGUUACACUGUCAUCAUGAGCAGGAGAGGGUGUAUUGUUCUGGCUGUCUCUUCCUGGGUGUUUAGCAUUUUCUUGGCUCUGGUCCAUUUAGUUCUGAUCUUAAGGUUGCCCUUCUGUGGGCCUCAUGAAAUCAACCACUUCUUUUGUGAAAUCCUGUCUGUGCUCAAGCUGGCCUGUGCUGACACCUGGCUCAACCAAGUGGUCAUCUUUGCAGCCUGCAUGAUUAUCUUAGUGGGCCCCCUAUGCAUGGUGCUGGUCUCCUACUCACGCAUCCUGGUCACCAUCCUGAGGAUCCAGGCAGGGGAGGGCCGCAGGAAGGCCUUCUCCACCUGCUCCUCCCACCUCUGCGUGGUCGGGCUCUUCUUUGGCAGCGCCAUUGUCAUGUACAUGGCCCCCACGUCCCACCAUCCUGAGGAACAGCAGAAGAUCCUGUCUCUGUUUUACAGCCUUAUCAACCCUAUGGUGAACCCCCUGAUUUACAGCCUGAGGAAUGCAGAGGUCAAGGGUGCCCUGAGGAGAGCACGGUGGAAGGCGAUGCCCAUGUGA